CCGCCAUCUCCCUCCAUCCCACCCUACGAACUCUCUCCUCUCUCUGUAGCACCAGAGCGCGGACAGCUCGCCGCGGCUUGCGAUCAAUUGCCCAAUGGUGGACUUCCGACACCCGCAAACCGUUCUCGGAGGACGUCUCUCUCUCUCCAGCCACAGUCCCAAUCUCGAUCCCUUCUACGCCACCUACCUCGCCGCGUCCACCACCAAGGGAGGGAAGCACGCGCCCUUCUCGCUAUGCGGUAACGUCGAAGGCUGGGGCCCUCUGAGUCCCUACCGAUACGAUCUCACGCCAUGUUUCUUGGACAUUUGGGUGCUCGUCAUUUCCGCAUGGGGCAUCAUCGCGGGCUUGGGAGCCGUAUGGUGGUUAUACAGACAGACCACGCCGCAGCCUGUGGCGAAGAAUUGGCACUUUUACGCCAAAUUGGGCGUCAUUGGGGCUCUUCUGGGGACCACAAUCGCCCAGGCCGCGUUUCAGAUUGAGCGAUUCGAUGGGGUGUGGUUCAAAGAUAUCCGCUUCUGGACAACCGUGGCGAACCUGCUGAGUCUGGUGGUGAUUGGCAGCAUUCAGUAUAUGGAGCAUUGGCGUCUGCGCUAUCCGCAUGGAGUGGUCCUGAUCUACUGGUUGUUCUCAUUGAUCAUCUACGGAAUCAAGCUCCGCAGUCUGGUUUCACAGCAGCUGUUCAAGGCACAUGUCGCCUACUUUUCCGUCUUCACGGCUUCGGUGGCUCUGGCAUUUGCAGAGCUGAUCUUGGAAUGGCUCGUGCCCAAGAAAGUAUCUGCGUAUGAUGCUUUGGGAGACGAGGACGAGUGUCCGCUUGAGUAUGCCGACAUCUUCUCGAAGCUGACCUUCUCGUGGAUGACGCCUAUGAUGAAGUAUGGUUACAAGGAGUACCUCACCCAAGACGAUCUCUGGAACCUACGCAGGAGUGACACAACACGAGCAACGACCAACACAUUUGACGAGGAAUGGGAGUAUCAGCUGGAGAAAAAGAAGAAGCCAAGCUUGUGGAUGGCAAUGAUCAACUCGUUCGGUGGUCCAUAUUUGGUUGGUGCCAUCAUCAAGACCGUGUCGGAUUGUCUCGCCUUUGUACAGCCUCAGCUCCUCCGAUUUCUGAUCUCCUUCGUCGACUCGUACAGACCGGGAAGAGAACCACAGCCUCCCAUCCAAGGCGCCGCUAUUGCACUUGCCAUGUUCGCCGUCUCGGUGAGUCAAACGGCAUGUCUCCAUCAGUACUUCCAGAGGUCAUUCGAAACAGGCAUGAGGGUCAAGGCGGCACUUACUGCAGCCAUCUAUGCGAAGAGCAUGAAGUUGAGUAACGAAGGUCGUGCUUCGAAGAGCACUGGCGACAUUGUCAACCACAUGGCUGUCGAUACACAAAGACUACAAGAUCUCGCACAGUUUGGCCAACAACUUUGGUCCGCGCCGCUGCAGAUUACUCUUUGCAUGAUCUCACUCUAUCAGCUCGUAGGCGUCAGCAUGUUCGCCGGUGUUGGUGUCAUGGUUCUCAUGAUUCCCAUCAAUGGAGUCAUCGCACGCAUAUCCAAGACCCUUCAGAAGAGACAGAUGAAGAACAAGGAUGCUCGCACCCGUUUGAUGACCGAGAUUCUGAACAACAUGAAGUCCAUCAAGCUGUACGCCUGGACGACGGCCUUCAUGAAUAAGUUGAAUGUCAUCCGAAACGACCAAGAGUUGCACACUUUGCGAAAGAUUGGCGGUGUCACAGCCAUCGCUAAUUUCACCUGGAACACGACCCCAUUCUUGGUAUCGUGCUCCACAUUCGCAGUGUUCGUUGCAAUCAGUGGUCGACCUCUGUCCACGGAUAUUGUAUUCCCCGCUCUGACUCUCUUCAACAUGCUGGGUUUCCCCCUCGCAGUCCUCCCUAUGGUCAUCACAGCUAUCGUGGAGGCCAGCGUGGCUGUCAACCGUCUCUCAUCUUACUUUACGGCGCCUGAACUUCAGGCGGAUGCCGUCAUUCAAGGGGAAGCAGCAGGCGCUGGUGAGGAGUCUGUCCGCAUUCGUGAUGCCACAUUCACCUGGAACAAGGAUGAGGAGCGCAACGUGCUGCAGGACAUCAAUUUCAGCGCACACAAGGGCGAGCUGACGUGUGUCGUGGGAAGAGUUGGAUCUGGAAAGUCGAGCAUCUUGCAGACAAUGCUCGGUGAUUUGUACAAGAUCAAGGGAGAAGUCGUUGUACGGGGCAGCAUCGCGUACGUGGCUCAAAGCUCCUGGGUCAUGAAUGCUUCUGUGCGUGAGAACAUCGUCUUUGGUCAUCGCUGGGAUCCGCAAUUCUACGACAAGACUAUUCAUGCGUGUGCUCUUACCGAGGAUUUCGAGAGUCUACCGGACGGCGAUGAGACACAAGUCGGCGAGCGUGGUAUCUCACUUUCGGGCGGGCAAAAGGCUCGUUUGACGCUCGCUCGUGCUGUCUAUGCCAGAGCGGACAUCUACCUCCUGGACGAUGUUCUGUCUGCAGUCGACCAGCACGUGGGCCGACACAUCAUCGACAACGUGCUAGGAGCCAAGGGGCUUCUCGCGUCCAAGACGCGUAUUCUCGCUACCAACGCCAUCCCAGUACUGAUGGAGGCACACUUCAUUGGCUUGCUCAAGGACGGCAAGAUUAUCGAACGUGGCACUUACGAGCAGCUCAUGGCCAUGAAAGGCGAGGUGGCUAACCUUAUCAAGACUGCCAGUUCCGAGGAAGCAAACGACGAAGACGAUAGGACAAGCGGUGUAGGCAGUCCUGGCUCUGAAAGCACCAUUUAUGACCCCGAGACUCCGGAGGACCCUGAAGAGGAAGCAGAAGCCGAAGAUGGCAUUACUCAAAUGGCUCCUAUCCGGCCUGGCGGCAAUGGACCUAUGGCAACUCGGAAGAACAGCAAUCUCACCCUUCGUCGUGCGAGCACGGCUUCCUUCCGGGGACCCAGAGGUAAAGUGAACGACGAAGAAGAGAACAAGGGCAAUGUCAAGACUCGACAGAACAAAGAGUUCUCCGAGCAAGGCAAAGUCAAGUGGGAUGUCUACAAAGAGUACGCCAAGAACUCCAACCUCAUCGCAGUCGCGAUCUAUAUGGUCACAUUGGUUGGCGCCAAAACCGCGGAAAUCGGGGGGUCCGUUUGGCUCAAGCACUGGUCAGAGGCCAACGACAAGUCUGGAGGCAAUCCGAAUGUCACGUUCUACAUCCUCGUAUACUUUGCCUUCGGUAUUGGCUCCGCGGUGCUUGUCGUCAUGCAAACUUUGAUUCUUUGGAUCUUCUGUUCGAUUGAGGCCUCGAGAAAACUGCACGCAUCGAUGGCGCAUGCGAUAUUCCGAAGUCCAAUGAGCUUUUUUGAAACAACGCCAAGCGGGCGCAUCCUCAAUCGCUUCUCUUCAGACAUCUAUAAAGUCGACGAGGUCUUAGCCCGCACUUUUAACAUGCUGUUUGUCAACGCUGCACGAGCAAUAUUCACGCUCGUGGUCAUUUGCGUGUCGACCCCGGUCUUCAUCGUGCUGAUUCUACCUCUUGGCGGCCUAUACCUCUGGAUCCAGAAGUACUACCUUCGAACCUCCCGCGAGCUGAAACGGCUGGACAGCAUUAGCCGCAGCCCCAUCUAUGCGCACUUUCAAGAGUCGCUUAGCGGAAUCAGUACCAUCCGCGCCUACCGCCAGACCAAACGCUUUUCGCUCGAAAAUGAGUGGCGUGUAGACGCCAACCUGCGCGCCUACUAUCCGUCCAUUAGCGCAAACAGGUGGCUUGCUGUUCGAUUGGAGUUUAUCGGCUCCAUUAUCAUUUUGGCGGCUGCGGGCUUUGCCAUCAUCUCCGUGACCACUGGUAGCGGUCUCUCUGCCGGCCUGGUUGGUCUGGCAAUGAGCUAUGCGCUGCAGAUCACACAGUCGCUCAACUGGAUUGUGCGACAGACAGUCGAAGUCGAGACUAACAUCGUCUCAGUUGAGCGCGUGCUAGAGUAUGCCCGCCUGCCCAGUGAGGCGCCGGAAGUGAUCUUCAAGAACCGUCCGCCGAACAGCUGGCCGUCCAAGGGUGCAGUGUCAUUUAACAACUACAGCACCCGAUAUCGCCCCGGGCUCGACUUGGUGUUGAAGAACGUGAGUCUGAACAUCAGGUCUCACGAAAAAAUUGGUGUAGUGGGCCGGACCGGUGCCGGAAAGUCCAGUCUUACUUUGGCUCUAUUUCGGAUCAUCGAACCAGUGGAGGGUGACGUUUCCAUUGACAACCUCAGCACCAGCGCCAUCGGUCUCCACGAUCUCCGCAGCCGACUGGCCAUUAUCCCUCAAGAUGCCGCCCUAUUCGAGGGCACAGUCCGAGACAACCUCGAUCCCGGCCAUAUCCACGACGACACCGAACUCUGGAGCGUGCUGGACCACGCACGCCUGCGGGACCACGUCGCGUCCAUGGCCGGUCAGCUUGACGCGCACAUCAACGAGGGCGGCUCCAAUCUGAGCUCCGGACAGCGGCAGCUUAUCUCACUCGCGCGCGCACUCCUUACACCUAGCAACAUCCUAGUAUUGGAUGAGGCUACUGCAGCAGUGGACGUCGAGACUGACGCGAUGUUGCAAACCACGCUGCGAUCCAACAUGUUCAAGGAUCGCACCAUCAUCACUAUUGCCCAUCGCAUCAAUACGAUUCUGGAUAGCGAUCGCAUCAUUGUGUUACAGAAUGGAAGCGUAAAGGAGUUUGAUACACCGUCGAAUUUGGUGCAAAGCAAGGGCUUAUUCUACGAGUUGGUGAAGGAAUCAGGACUGCUGGGCCAGGUAGACAGCUCUGGAAGUCAGUAGAUACCUUACCUUAGGAGGUAGGUAGAUGAUGAUGAUGAUGAUAAUGAUACGAAAAGUGUAUGCAGUAUGAUGAUUUA